AUGAAGCAAAAUAUCUCUAUCCUAUCAUCAACCUGGGAUGAAAAGAAUCAUCACCUAUCUAGUAAAAGCUAUAUCAAGAAGAAGCUUAGAUUAUUCGGUACUGAAGUAGAGUUCUGCAAAUAUAUCCACAGCACACCAGAUGCAGGUCCUGACGGGAGUGCCAAUUCAUCAUCAACAAGUUCAUCCGAAAGGCAGAUGGUCCACGUGGGAAAGUGUGCAACAAGUGAUGAGGGCAAGAAGUUCGAGUGUCAAUACUGUUCUAAGGAAUUCAAUAAUUCACAAGCUCUAGGAGGUCAUCAAAAUGCUCAUAAGAAGGAAAGGAUGAAAAAAAAGAGGUUGCAGCUUGAAGCUAGGAACGCUAGCAUGAGGCGUUACCUUGAACCUUUUCAAAAUAUUUCUUCUUUUGGUUACCAUGGCUCUGCUCCCUUGUUCUACGAUACCUCAUAUAAUGUUCCCACAAUCACUUUCUCUGAUUCAGAUUCCCAUAUUUGCUUCACUCCAUAUGAUCAGAAUUCGGUUUCCAAAUGCUAUUCUGUUCCAGAGAAUCUACCAUAUCAUAAGGAUUUCUGUAAAUUUACUCCUAAUCAUACAGAUCAUUCUGUUGCUAUCCAGUCUCCUCGUUUCUCUACUUCAGAACUGAAUUAUCUCUCUCUGGAUCUUCACCUGGGAUUUAGCUGA